GACAACGCUGGCGAAGCCUCUCAGCUGAGAACUGUCUCGUCCUGGUCCUAGUCCCGUUCUCCUUCAUAAUCAUAAAUAAACUACUGACAUGUUUCUGUGAUUUGUUAGUAACUUCACUGUAUUCCUUUUGUUUUGUUGAAACAAGAAUGAAAAUGACUCACUGUGACUGUGGUGGGAAUUGCUGGUCAAAAUGAGUGACUACUAUAGGAGGCACCAGUACAACAGAGACCCUAACAAACUAAACAAGUGCAACUUGUGCGAUUUCAAUACACGCUUCAAAGACUCGUUCCAGUUUCACCUUAUCAAAGCACACGGUUUCAAGGUAAAGCGUUUGGAAGAACGUGAAAGAUCUACGACAAACUCUUAUGGAUUCGGAGACAAGUUCAAGGAAAAGUCCCACAAAAGAAACGAAGCGGGCGAAUACGAAUGCCCCAACGGUUGUGGCGAAGCUUUUCGGAGACUAAGACGAUUGGAAUUUCAUUUGGAAAGAUGCGGCGCAGAAGGAAAAUUGUCUUGUCGAUUGUGCAGCUUCAAAACUGAGAUCAUGAACCAGCUACAAACGCACUUUAUCGUUAGGCAUAAUUUGCUGUGCAAGACCGUGGACGAGCCUGAUUUUGAACAAGUUUUAAAUAAUACUCCUUAUGUAUUGCAACGAAUAAAGGUUCACGAGGAAUUGCCGUGGAAAGAGAAAUCUAGUUCCAGAAAAAGAAACGCAGAAUCAUUUUCCUGUACUAAGUGUGGUAGACAAUUUUCUAGCUUGAAAUACGUUGAACAGCAUUUUGAUAGAAACCAGUGUUGAGGGUAUAAAUUGAGAUGAUGUUUAUUCAACCAAUGAAAAUGAAAACCAGCCAACAAGAAUUCUCAGGCAGAUUAUGUUUGAGUUACAUUAUCUAUUUAUUUAUUUAUUUAUUAAAAUAAUAUGUACAAACCGUGAGUUUAUUAUCUAAUUAGCUAAAUGAUAUUUUUAAGAUAAAUGUUUAUUUUGACACCUAUAGCUGAAAAACAGCUGUAUGUGUCUGUAGCUGUAGACGUAAAUGCUUAUUUUUUGACUGUGACUGACUAUUAAGUAUAGAUGAGAUGUUUUUUUUUUUUUUUUAAAUUUUAAUUUCAUUUUAGGUAUCCUUUGUCCAGUUUCAUAUUAAUUUUUAUAUACAUACGUAUUAGCUUUGUUGAUAAAAUGCUGACAAUUUUCUGUCUUUAAACAAUAAAGCAUAUUUUGAUUUGAUUUGAAUGUCACUCUGGUAAGAGAGAUCCAAGAGAGAGAACCAAAAAAAAGGUGUUUCUUUUUUGGUCUCUCAUUCAUUUUUUCCACAUUUGUAGGAAAAGGAAAUCAUGGUGACUCAACCAUCAGGGUUGGCAAAAAUCAAGCUAAUUGUAUUCUAGUGGAUAGAGAAUUGGUUUUUUGAUAAUGU